AGCCAGCGAGAGAGAGCUCAGUUGGGCUUUGUCCUUUCUGCGUGGUAACCUCCAACUUACUCCGUGGCUUUCUCUUCUUCUACUUUGACUUUCACGCAUCUUCACCUUUACCAUCUUUGGGAUGGAUCGGCACCGGUGGCGGCACGCCAGGGACAGGGGUCACCGUUGCUAUGACGACCACGAGGAGGACGCGGAGGCCCGUUCGGCGGACAUCGCGCCAUCUCACCGGCACAGGCGACGGCACCACCGCUCGGCCGAGCGCCAGCACGAUGACGAGCGUGAGUAUGAACGCCGCCCCCACCGGGACCGCCGCCGCCACGGUCCUCCAGAAUUCUACGCCGACAGCGACGACGAUGACGACGGCGGCGAGAUCCCGGACCGCGCCGACCCCUCGGUGUCGCCAGCGGCGGAGCGCCUCCGUCACAUUCUGGGAGAGGACGACGGAGGCCCCACGCCCACCAUCUUCACCGAGAUGGACACCCUGCAGCAGGAGGGUGGAGAGCUGGAGUGGAAGGAGUCGGCCAGGUGGGUGAAGUUCGAGGAGAAGGUGGAGGAGGGCGGCGAGCGCUGGAGCAAGCCUCACGUGUCCACGCUGACGCUGCACAGCCUCUUUGAGCUGCGCACGUGCCUGCAGACAGGCAGCAUCCUCCUGGACCUGGAAGCCUUCUCUCUGCCGCAGAUCGUAGACGAGGUGGUAGAGCGUCAGAUCGCUGAUGGCCUGAUCUCGGAGGAUGUGAAGGAAAACAUUGUCUUUGUGCUGCUGCGUAAACAUCGUCACCAGACCAAGAAGCCCAUCCACCGCUCACUGGCCGACAUCGGAAAGUCCACCGCAGCCGCUGAUCGUAGUCCUCGGGCACUUAGUCGUAGCACUAGCUCCGCCUCCGCCGUCCAUCGUUCCACCGACGACCUGCAGACGCGACGCUCCGGAAGCUUGGGACGCCUGCAUCACGCGCACAGUCGCAGCAUGAACGACAUUUCGGAAACACCCAGCUCUGACCAGCUGAAGAACAAAUUCAUGAAGAAGAUUCCACGCGACGCAGAGGCGUCCAAUGUGCUGAUCGGCGAGGUGGACUUCCUGGACAAACCCUUCGUCUCCUUCGUGCGUUUGGCGCAGGCGACCACGUUGGGCGGCCUCACCGAAGUCCCCGUGCCCACCAGAUUCCUUUUCAUCCUGCUGGGUCCUCCCGGCAAGACCAAGUCUUACAACGAGAUCGGCCGCGCCAUAGCCACGCUGAUGGUGGACGACCUCUUCAGUGACGUGGCAUACAAAGCCAGGGAGCGUGAAGACCUGAUCGCCGGCGUGGAUGAGUUCCUGGACGAGGUCAUUGUCCUGCCUCCUGGGGAAUGGGACCCCAAGAUCCGCAUAGAACCCCCCAAGAAAGUCCCGUCGGCAGAGAUGAGGAAGUCGGUGCUCAACCUGGAGGAGCCGGCUCAAGCCAAUGGCUCGGCCGGAGGGGCGGCUGGCAGUGGAGACGAGCCGCUUCCCGUCCAGCACGAGAUCGGCGAGGAGCUCAAGUUCACCGGCAGGCUGGCCGGCGGCUUGUGGUUGGACAUCAAGAGGAAGUUGCCGUGGUAUUGCAGCGACAUUUACGACGGCUUCCACAUCCAGACCGUGUCGGCUGUGCUCUUCAUCUACUUGGGCUGCAUUACCAAUGCCAUCACCUUCGGCGGCCUGCUGGGCGACGCCACUGACAAUUACCAGGGCGUGAUGGAGAGCUUCCUGGGCACGGCGUUGGCGGGAACAGUCUUCUGUUUGUUCGGCGGUCAGCCGCUCAUCAUCCUCAGCUCCACCGGACCCAUCCUCAUCUUCGAGAAACUACUCUACGAGUUCUGCAAAAACAACGGCGUGGACUACAUGGAGCUGCGCCUGUGGAUCGGGAUCCAUUCCUGUCUGCAGUGCCUGAUUUUGGUGCUGUCUGACGCCAGCUACAUCAUCCAGUACAUGACCCGCUUCACCGAGGAAGGCUUCUCCAGUCUCAUCUCCUUCAUCUUCAUCUCAGACGCCAUCAAAAAGAUGGUGGGCGCCUUCAAGUAUUACCCCAUCAACCGUGCCUACAAGCCAGACUACGUCACGACCUACAAGUGCGACUGCAUCCCUCCGGACCAGGCUCUCCCCCGGAACAUUUCAGCUCCUCUGGCUGACGACAAUGCGUCCCUUCUGUUCAACGUGAGCGACGUGGACUGGGCUCAGCUGAGCAAGAAGGAGUGCCUGAAGUACGGCGGUGCUUUGGUGGGCAAAGCCUGCAAAUACGUGCCCGACUUGGCCCUCAUGUCCUUCAUCCUGUUCUUCGGCACAUACUCCAUGACAGUCACGCUCAAGAAGUUCAAGUUCAGCCGCUACUUUCCCACCAAGUCGCGUCAGUUGAUCAGCGACUUCUCCAUCGUCAUCUCCAUCCUGCUCUUCUGUGGACUGGACUUCCUCCUGGGCCUGGAUACCCCGAAACUGCAUGUUCCCAUGCACCUGAAGCCCACCCGCGCCGACCGCAACUGGCUGGUGAUGCCGUUCGGCAAGAACCCCUGGUGGUGGUACCUGGCUAGCUUCGUGCCGGCCCUGCUAGUCACCAUCUUGAUCUUCAUGGACCAGCAGAUCAGCGCCGUCAUCGUCAACCGCAAGGAGAACAAACUCAAGAAAGGUUGCGGCUACCACCUGGACCUGCUGUGGGUGGGCGUCCUGAUGGCCCUGUGCUCCUUCAUGGGUCUGCCUUGGUACGUGGCCGCCACCGUUAUCUCCAUCGCCCACAUUGACUCACUCAAGAUGGAGAGCGAAUGCAGCGCCCCCGGGGAGCAGCCCCAGUUUUUAGGGGUCCGCGAGCAGAGGCUGACCGGAACGCUGGUCUUUGUCCUCACAGGACUUUCCAUCUUCCUGGCUCCCGUCUUGCAGUACAUCCCCAUGCCGGUGCUGUACGGCGUCUUCCUCUACAUGGGCGUGGCCUCGCUGAGCGGCAUUCAGUUCUGGGAGCGCAUCAAGCUGUACCUGAUGGCGCCUAAGCACCAGCCGGACUUCGCCUUUCUGCGUCAUGUUCCUUUGCGCCGGGUCCACCUCUUCACCCUUGUACAAAUCACCUGCCUGGCUGUCCUCUGGGUUCUAAAGUCCACCUUCCUGGCCAUCAUCUUCCCUGUGAUGAUCCUGGGCCUGAUGGUGGUGAGGAAACUCCUGGAUCUGAUGUUCUCUCAGCACGACCUGGCUUGGCUGGAUGACAUCCUGCCUGACAAAGACAAAAAAAAGAACGAGGACGACAAGAAGAAAAAAAAGAAAAAGAAGGCAGCGGCCGACACGGAGAGCGACGAGGAGGAGGCAUACUUGAGGUGGCGUGCGGCGUUCGACGAAGAGGAUUCUUGUCAAAGCAUCACUCUGCACGUGAGAAUGGGCCCGCCCCCGGCCGUCGCAGUCCCCGCCCACGCACAGCGGCGGCCCCUCCCAGAGGUGCGCGUCCAGGCCGACUCGGACGAGGAGGCGGAACGUCGCCGCGCGGCCUCAAAGCUCACAAAGCCUCACCGAUAGGUCAGGCGAGAAGGGGCGGAGCCGACAAAAUGGUCAUCAAAAAUGGAAUUGUCUGCAGUUUGUGAGGUGUUCUCUGCUAUGCCAGUCAUGUCUGUCAUUUACAGUAUAUAACAGUCAUGAAAUCUUUCUUUAUUUACAUCACCAUUUAGUCAAUCCUUGAUGUCAUUCAUGACGCUUUUAUUCAUGGACUUGAUGUUAUAAAUGAAUCUACUUGGAGAUUUUUGAAUUUGUUUGAUUUAGUCUCCUGUAAUGACAUGAAUCAUCGUCACGCGAUAUGAAUGUUACAUCAGUAUGAAAGAAAUACUCAUUUGCUUUACAUAUUUACACUACAUACAACAUGAGGAGCACACUAACACAUGAUGACUUGGCAGACUGAAAAAAGUGAUGUGUUUGUGGCCCAAAAAAAAACACAACAAAAAAAAGCUCCAUGCGGGCGUUCAUGCUUGUAUUCAACGUUAGCUUAGCAUUCCUGUUACCGCUUGGUGAGACUUACUAGACUCAUAAAAAUGAUAUCAUCAAAGGGUCAUAGUUCUGUCAUCGAAUAUGUCCUCUUUGUUCUUCCUGUCUCUCCUCCCACAAAGACGAUGAGAAUCUGGUAGCUUAGUUGCGGCUCCGCCCACCCGACCGAAGUGCGUUGAGACAUCAUCUAGGGCUAUUUACAUGAGCACCUCGGACGGGACGGGGUUCGGCCAGCCGACAUUGUUCAGAUGGAAACCUCAUAUUCUCGAGAAUCCUGUACAUCAAGUAGACCAGGCAGCUGAAGCCAAGCUAAAGCUAAUGCUCAAGUCGCCGCUCACUUACUCACCCCACCGCCUGCCUCAUAGAUCGGGUUGUCGAAUUCGGCCUCCGCGGUGAUCUGUCGGUAUGGGUGAGGGUACGCCAGCGGCAGACCGAGGUCGGAGCUGGGGCGGCACCUGACGGGAAUCAAGUAAGCGUGACGUUAAGUGGUUCUUGCCGGCUGGUUGGCCAUUAAAUAACAUCCUACCGCGUUGCAAGCACGUAAACGCCUCCAAGCAGAGCGGACGUCAGAAGAACCAGGACAAAAGCGGCCAGUGCCAAACUGCCCCCGUCCAUCUCGCCGCCGGCGUGCGACACUGGCACACGAACUGUCGUCAACAAAUGUGCGUGCACACUAGCCGCUGACGCGGACACACUCACCUUCCAAGGCAUGGUUGGCAAAGCAAGCGUGGUCAGCUGCAAGACAUAUGAAGGAGAAACGAUAUCGUCAUCGCACACACCAUAUAAUUGUCUGCAUUAGUCUAACACAUAUAUAGUCUAACACAUACAUAUGGUACAGGUUGGCACUGUCUAACUGUUUGCAUUACUCUAACACACGUAAUAUAAUUAAUCAGGAAAUAGUAUCAUUUUCAUAUUUACGGUAGGACUACACUAAUAUAAAAUAAACAGCACACCAUAGUUUAAUGAGAAGAAAUAGAAGAGAUACACAAUGCCGUCUUAUCACAAGAUUGACGCACCAACUCGUGUAAUCAGCUCUCCCAGCAAACUCCAAGGACAAAGCGCUUUGUCCUAAAACAAGCACACCCAGCCCGGACAGCAAAGUUGAUAGCGGGCGUCCCAAUCCGCGCACGAACCUAAGCCGCCCAAAACCGGCCACAGCGGGGAUGGCCCAAAAGCAACGCCCAGAAACGCCUUCGACAAGACCGGCGUCAGCAAAGACUUUAAAAAGACUGGACACUGAGAUAAGACAGAUUUCUUCUGCUCGGAAACAUGUAGCCUUGUUUUGGAUCCAGAAUUGUCCCUCCGUCGUCUGUUUUUGCCUUGUUUUUACCAUUGUCGACGAAUAAAUUGUCAACCUGUUUUCGGUGAGUGUUCUUCAAGCUUUUGAAACAUGGAGUCAGUACAAAGGGUUAAAAUAAGAGGACGCG